AUGUCGUCCACGUGUCGCCUCCAGGCUUUCCUAUUCAACAGUCAAGGGUCCCACGUUAAGUUUUCGGUACGUGUUCAGAUCCCAUUAUGCUAUGUAGUUUCUGUGGAAAAGGACGGUGGAGAUUCGAGGGGACAACAAGAUCUUUCACCACGUGUGCUUCUAAUGCUGCCAGGGUGUCAGACAGCGCGUAUAGCCGAACACGUGUCGGUUUCUGGUGCUAUGCUUGGUAUUAUUCAAGGGAGUUCUCCACGUGGCAGUUUUAUAAGAUGGAACUCGGAGCGACUUGAUUUGUUUUUUUAUUUAUUUAUUUCUUUUUAUUUCUUUCUUCUUUUUAAAGCUGCUGUGGUAGAAGGAAUCAAUAGCGGAAUGGUGACAAAAGAAGAGGGGAUAGAGCUAGAGUUAGGAUUAUCAAUAGGAGGGAGUUACAGAAGGGAAAACGGCAACGUUUUGAAAUCUGGAACUAGUAUGGAUAUGGGUUCUAGUGAAAAGAGUGGAACUUGCAUAAGAUCUAGCUCGUCUCCAUGUUUCGGAGAAGAUGCAAUGCAAGAACUGGAUCCGAAGACGAAGCGCGAGAUGCAUGCGUUAAGGAGAAAAGAAGCCAAGAGAAGAAAAGAGCUAAAGAAAGGUUUUUGUAAAGGGUAUAACUUGAAUAGUAGUCAACUUAACAACCACGGAGAGAUUAAGAUUAAUAAAAAUAAUGGGAUGUGGUUAAAGGCGAAAGAUUUUCAGGUUAGCAACUCAGACGGGCCAGAAUGCAAGAAAAUUAAGAUGGAAGCUACCGGAUCCGAUCAGAAUGAUACAAGCAAGGUGAAUCUCAACUUAAGCAUGGACCACGACGACCCAAAUGGCAACAACAACAACAGUGCUUAUUUGCCGUUACAUUAUGGCCUGCCUGCAAAUGGGUUUGUGUAUCCGUGUGGGAAUAUGAAUGUUAUGCCUUGUUGGUUUACAGCUAUUGCUGAGGAGGGGAAUGCGGUUCCUGUGUUUAGCUAUGGAUUUGUGCCGUUCCAGGCUGGAUCAAAUCCGGGUCAUCAUUUCGGUAAUGGGUAUGAAUCGGAGCAUAAUUGCAGCUUAGAUGGAGGAGGGAAUAGGAAAGUUGGGUCGAAUGGAUCCCCGUUGGGAACUUCUUCUACGGGUUCGGAUCACAGGAGCUCUUCUCAUGAAGGUGGUGGCAGCAGUUUAAGCAGAAGCCAUUCAAGUCCCUCUGUACCAGAACAAUCUCAAUUGAGUGGUCUGAAAGCAAAUAAAACCAGGGGCCACUCUGAACUCGGUGCUACAUCUUACCUCGCAGAACCUGGUUCAGUGAAUGAAUCAACAAAUCAAGUUGACAAAUUGAUACAAUCAAACAGUAAUCAGCCUAGCUCAGUUGCACCCAAGGAAGAAGCUAAAAUAGAGACAGAACCUGAUCCUGCGGAAAACCAUGUCACAACCCCUGAAAAUCCAAUCUUUAUUCCAUUAAUGGAAGCCAAGGGAAACAUGGGCAAGCCUCCCAAGCCUCAAUCCGAGAAUCACAUUACACCUUCCUUGCCAUACAUGCCAUGUGUUUCAACAACAGGAAAUGGUCCAAAUGGGAAAACCAUUAACGGGUUUCUGCACAGAUAUACAAAAACUGAGGUCAGCAUCAUUUGUGUCUGCCAUGGAAGCUCAUUCUCACCGGCCGAGUUCGUGCAGCAUGCUGGGGGCACAGAUGUUUCACACCCUCUAAGACACAUUACUGUGAUUCCAUCUGCCAUUUGACAAACACAUUGAUCCUGGGUGAUGUUCGAAAACCUCUUGUCGGCUGUCUUCUUUUCUUUUUGGUACACAUUGUGAAUAGGGGAUGGAGGAAGAUAGGGGUGUGAUGGGUGUGUAUAUAUUAUGAGUUACAGGAGCUCUUCCUUGCAAAUGGGAGGAGACUUGAGUUUUUCUUUUUAGCUUGAAACUUUUAUAACUGCACUAAGAAACAAAUAUGGAUAUUUGAUAUUUAGGUGGGGCAAUUUACAAUUUUGGUUUCUCCAUUGCAAAAUGAUUGGUGUAACUAAUAGUUUUACUAUUUGUAACAAUUCUUGCUUUUUUUU